GCCAACGACGGUGCCGCACGUGACGCGUUCCUGCUCCUGCGAUCGCUGUGCAAGCUAUCGAUGCGCAAGAUCCCUAAUGACCUGGACCCGCGGGCACCGCAGCUGCGCGCGCGCAGCCUGGCACUGAAUCUGAUCAGAUUGGCGCUGAGCGAGCACACCGAGGUGUUUGUCAGCUCGUACGUCUACCUGCGGUCAACGCCAUCGACAGUGGCGGUGCCGCUGAUUGCGGUGUUGCGGCAGAGCCUGUCGCUGUCGCUUAGCCACAACCUGGUGUCUCCAAACCCCAUGGUGCUUGAUCUCGGGCUGGCGGUCUGGGAGCUGGCAGUACAGCACAUGCGCAUGUACAUGAAGCGCGAGCUGGAGGUGAUUUUCCGCGAGAUUCUUUUGCCAGUGCUGGAGAGCAAGAGCCCGGCAUCCCUGUACCAGCGCGGCCGUGUUGUGCAGACGCUGGUGCGGCUGCUGAGCCAGCCAGCAUUGGUGGUCGAGCUGUACCUCAACUAUGACUGCGCCGAGGACUCGAGCGUCAAUGUGUUCCAGCGCCUGGCUGAGGUCCUGUGUAAGCUGGGCGGCAACUAUGUCAGCCAGAAGCAGACAGUGUUCAAUAUGCCUGUGUCCCAGGCUCUUCGCACUACUGGCUUGAAUAGCACCGAGUCGCUGGGUACCGAGGUGGGUCGGCCGUCGCGCACAUUCUCGAUCAGCAGCCACGAGAAACAGGCCGGUAGCACUGUCAUCGAUGACUACGUAGUGCGGCAGUCAGCGCUGGAUGCGCUGGCGGCAAUGCUGCAGAGCAUGGUUGUGUGGAGUGACCGGAUGGCAGGCCCAACAAUACAUGCGGAGCAGACACCCGAGGAGUCGCAGGUAGACCGGACCGACUCCGAGACGCCGGUGCCGCGGAAAUCCGAUGCGCCAGCAGAUGACCCCGAGGAGCUGUCGUCGAUCAAGCACCGCAAGGAGCGGUUCGAGGAGGGCCGCAAGCUGUUUGCGUGGAAGCCCAAGAAGGGCAUUGAGGCUUGGAAGAAGGGUGGGCUGAUAAAGUCCAACGACCCGGUGGAGAUUGCCAGGUUCUUCUCGAGCAACACGGGCAUCGACAAGAUGCAGCUGGGCGAGUACUUGGGCGAGGGCGAUGCCCACAACAUCGCCAUCAUGCAUGCGUUUGUCGACAUGAUGAACUUCAACGACAUGCAGUUUGUCGAUGCGCUGCGCCUUUUCCUGCAGUCAUUCCGGCUGCCCGGGGAAGCGCAGAAGAUCGAUCGGUUCAUGCUCAAGUUUGCCGAGCGCUACCUGAUGGGCAACCCAGGGGCUGGUUUUGCCAACGCAGAUGCCGCCUAUGUGCUCGCAUACUCGACAAUCCUUCUGAACACGGACCAGCACUCACCGCAGGUCAAGAACCGCAUGACGCGGCAGGAGUUUAUCAACAACAACCGCGGCAUCAACGACGGCAAGAACCUGGAGCCCGACCUGCUGAAUCAGAUUUUCGACCAGAUUGUGGCUGACGAGAUCAAGCUCAAGGACGAUCCGCUUGAGGGCAAGGUCGACAACACACAGCACACCGGCCCGCUGUUUGACCUGUGGGGCAAUGGCCCAGCGACACGCAUCCGCGAGCAACAAGCACACGCCAGCGCCGAAAUGGCAGCCAAGAGCGAGCAGUCGCUGCGCAGCAUGACCAAGAUGCGCCGCAGACGGGCUGCACCAUCCCUGGCAACGCUCGAUACAUGGGCGAUGCUGCUGGACAUGUCGGACUUCCUGCAUGCCACGCGCAGUGACCACAUCGCGCCUAUGUUCGGCACGAUCUGGGCCGCGCUUCUAGCCGCACUAUCGUCGCCAAUGCAGACGGCAGCAGAUCCGCAUGUGAUCUCCGCCUGUCUGACGGGCUUCCAGUGCGGCAUUGCGCUGGCGUGCCGGUUCCGGAUGCCCCUGGAGCGGGCGACGUUUGUGACGACACUGCGGAACUUCACGCAGCUGCAGAACCUGGCCGAGAUGAAGCGCAAGCAUGUCGAGGCGAUCCGAGCGCUAGUCGAGGUGGCGGCGAGCAGGGCGGAUGUAGGCGACGGGCUGUGUGAGAGCUGGCUGGACGUGCUGCAGUGUGUGUCGCAGCUCGAGCGCCUACAGCUACUGACGCAAGGCUCGGAUCCGCGCACCAGUGCCGACCAAGGGUAUGUGCAGCAGAGCCAGCAGAGCAUCUCGGCUCGGGCUCUUGCCGGGUCGGCAUCCGGAAACUCGGUGGUGUCUGUGGCCGAGCUGGCCAAGCUGGAGACGAACUCGCAGGUGCUUGUGGUCACAGUUGACCGGCUGUUUACGUCAUCGGUUCACCUGUCGGGGUCGGGCAUUACCGACUUUGUACGUGCCCUGUCGAGUGUUGCGUGGAGUGAGAUUGCCACCACAUACCGCAUCGAGAACCCCCAGCCGAGCAAGCGCCGCGGAUCGACUCAGCUGCAGGUGCCGCCGGCCCGGCUGUUCUCGCUGACCAAAAUCGUCGAGAUCUCGUACUACAACAUGGAGCGUAUCCGUGUCGAGUGGUCGCAGAUCUGGGCAAUCCUGGGGCCCCUGUUUGACCGCGUCGGCGCCUACCAGGACACGCGCGCGGCGCUGUUUGCGCUGGAUUCGCUGCGCCAGCUGAGUAUGAAGUUUUUGGAGAAGGAGGAACUGCCGCACUUUGCCUUCCAAAAGGAGUUCUUGCGUCCGUUCGCUGAUAUUCUCGAGGGCGUAGUGCCAGAUGCGCCUAGACCAGUGGCGGUUGACGGCCUGGUCAAGGACAUGGUUCUGCGGUGCGUGCGCCAGCUGGUGCAGGCGGCGGCACGGCAUAUCCGGUCGGGCUGGAAGGCCGUGCUGAAUGUCGCCCAAGUUGCUGCGCGCGAUCAGAGCGACGCAAUCGCUGAGAUGGGUUUCCAUCUGGCCAAGGAGUACGGCAAGCCGGUGGAGAUUGUGGCUGUGGCUGGGCUCGAGUAUUUCCACGAGCUGAUCGACUGCCUCAACGAAUUCGCGGUCGGUGCUGCGACACGCCGCCCGCGCCUGGCCCUGCACGCCAUCGACACCCUGCAUACGGCGGCGGUGAAUCUGGGUCGGCAGAUUCUGGCCCACCCGGCCAUGGAGAAUUCGGAACAGAUCGGCCUGGAUGACCAGCCGCUGUACCGCGUAUGGAUGCCUGCCCUGCGUGCCUUCCACGAGGUGGUGAUGCAUACUGAGGACCUUGAGGUGCGCACCCGCGCGGUCGACUCAUUCUUCAAGAUGAUCAUGACUCAAGGCAGGCAUUUCUCGCGUGGUCUGUGGACCAGCGUUCUGCGCGACUUGGUGUUUGCCAUGUUUGCUGAUUUGCGGGAUCCGUCGGCUUCCAAGCGCUUUGCCACAGUGGAUGAUCUCGAGCUGUGGUUCUCGACGACCCUGAUCAAGGCACUGCGCCAUUUGAUCGCCCUAUUUACCGAGUACUACCCAGCGAGCCUGCCGUCCGGCAUGCUGGCUGAAGUCCUGGAACUCCUGAGCAUGUGCAUCAUGCAACCGUCGGAGAUUCUGGGCAAGAUUGGAACCUCGUGCUUGCAGGAUCUGAUCAAGAACAACUUCGCCAAAUGGGACGAGAGUGCAUGGGCGCUGGUGUGCGAGACCCUGGCACGGCUGUUCAACUGGUCACAGCCCCGAGAGCUAUUUUCGAUCGCCGGCGCUACCUGGGAGGAAGACGAUCAGCCCAGAACCAAUGGGGACACCACAGAGCCAUCAACCACACCACUGCCGAGGGCCAACAGCGCGCAGGGGAACAGCGAGUCGGCCGACUACAUCCAUAUAACACUGAAGUGCAUCCUGCAGCUGCUGCUAAUUCAGACCCUGGGCGAGCUGUUUGAGAGCGAGGCGCUGUACACGCACAUGUCUGCCCACCACCUGUUCAUUCUGCUGGACUGUGUCGACCAGUCGCGCAGCUUCGCGCACCGCUUCAACAAGAACCGCAAGGUGCGUCGCCGCCUGGUCGAAAUGGGUGUCAUGCCAACCAUGCCCAGUCUAUUGAAGCAGGAGACGCUGAGCAUGCUGACUGAACUGUAUAUUCUGCAGCGCAUGAACUCGGAUGCGAUUGGGAUUACCGUGGAGACCUCCACCAUCACCAGCGACCGGGCGGCCGUUGCCGACGAGGUCGAUGACCGCCUGGCGGCUAUUUCCAAGAAUGUAUUGGAGCAGUAUUGUGCAGGUGGACCCGGCCACCGCGAAGAUAGCUCGCGCACCGUGCAUAUUGCUGGCGCAGAUGUCUCGGCAAAGAACGCUGGAACCGCAUCAGCCAAAAAGGGCGCGAUGAUUGUAUCGUCAUGGCGGCCGUGCGUUGUGGUUCUGCUGAAGUACCUGCCCGAGCUGGCCAAGUCACCGAUGGCACCGAAGCCGUUCCAGAAGGCGGUGCGGAAGGUGUGGCCGGAGCUCGUAGAUAUGUUGGGCGUGGCUGCAGAUGCCCAGGAUUUGGAUAUCGUCGGCGAUGUGCAGCGCGUGUUGGCGCUGGCUGCCUCUGAGUUUGGCAUUGUUGAAGACAAGAUUGAGACUGCUUAAAAUAGUAAUGUCAUACUCCUAGGGCUGUUCCGUCGUACCUGGGGCGGCGUACUCACUGAGAGUGGUGUAGCUUUAUCCAUAGCCAUACACGGCUUAGCUCAAGGGCUCCGUAUGCGCACUCAGCAUUUGCUUAAAUACCCCCAGCUGGCUCCUAGCAGCGGAGAUUCAUCCUGGUUUUUCCAAUAUAUUUUUGUGAGCGU